AUGACUAGUUGCAAAAAUGUACGUAAGAGCUACAGCGAGAAAAAGUCUCACGUGGAAAAAACAAAAACUGUGAAAAACGCUGUUACGGCCGAGCUCGGCACUAUCUGCUCAAAAAAAAGCGACUCGACGCCGCUGAGAUCGGAGAUCAAGCUCUGA